AUGCCAUCUGCUUUCGGCAUGGAUGAGAUGCUGGACGAUAAUGUCCAAACGCGAAACGAGUCGAGCACAGUCAAAGAAGCUCCGGUCACAGACGACGAGAAGGAGGACGAGGCCGACAAAAACGCAAAACGCAAAAAUGAGUUGAGGUCGUCUUUGGCGUCGCAAAAGCCGACUCAAGAGCGAGAUAAACUACUGGAGAGGAUUCAGACCAUGAGAAAGGACAGGAAAGUGUACAGUAGGUUUGAAGUAUGA